AUGGCCUCCAUAUCUCUGACUACAGCUCUGAAGCCUCUUUUCCCCUGUGUUCCUUACAAAAUCAGCGAGAGCGGGCUGCCAGAGCGUAACACCACCGCUCGUUUACCCACUCAUGGCGACUUUAAACCUGCCAUUCGAUUUGCCAAGUCGCUGGCGGAAGAUGAUAGGAAGUCGUUCAUUCCUUUGCAACUGGUCGCCCCUGGCCAGCCCCUUGCCGCAGCACCUCUAAAGUUUGGUAGUCCUCUUACCAUUUCGGACUCAGGCUUCUACCUUGAUCGUCCAACUUGGGUCAUCGUGUCGCGGAUCGGCAUUACUCUUGGUGUUGGAGCUAUGUAUUCUAGUAUCAACCAUUUCCACCCGAAGCCCGCCUUUCUCCGCCGAAUCCUCCCGCCGGGCGUUGGUGUUACUGGCCUUGAUGACGCAGCUGCACUCGAACAGCCCGGCGUGAUAUAUCGUCCUUAUAAGGGUCAUCUCAUCUUUCCGUUAAAGCGGAGAUUUACUUGGGGGUGUAUCCACCCAGACGACGACGAUGAUAAUGACGAUGGUGAUUCGGAAGAGCGAUUCACGAUGGAGAUGCAGCACCGUAUCGCUGCACCGUGGCUACCGCAAUCUGCCAAGAUUGUGAGGUACUUCGAAGAGCGCCAGAAACAGCUUUCUUCUAAGAUCCAGGCUUAG